CCACGAGAGAUAAAAGCUCCCUCGUCCUCGAAGACCAGAGCUUCUCUCAACAUCAACACUUCGCCACUUGAACUUCUGUUGAACAUACCCAAUCCUCCCUCCAUAUCCAAAUCAUCAUGUCUAACCUUCCUUCUGAGCCCGAGUUCGAGCAAGCUUACAAAGAACUCGUCUCCACUCUCGAACACAGCACCCUCUUCGAACAAUACCCUGAAUACAAAACCGCCCUGAAAGUCGUCUCCAUUCCCGAACGAGUCAUCCAAUUCCGCGUCGUCUGGGAAUCAGACAAGGGAGAACUGAACGUCAACCGCGGAUACAGAGUCCAAUUCAACUCGGCCCUCGGCCCAUACAAGGGCGGUCUCCGCUUCCAUCCCACCGUCAACCUCUCCAUCCUCAAGUUCUUGGGCUUCGAGCAGAUCUUCAAGAAUGCUUUGACUGGAUUGAACAUCGGUGGCGGUAAGGGAGGAUCAGACUUCGACCCAAAAGGCAAAUCAGACAAUGAGAUCCGCAAGUUCUGCGUGUCGUUCAUGCGGGAGCUGAGCAAGCACAUUGGUGCCGAUACCGAUGUCCCAGCUGGUGAUAUCGGUGUGGGUGGACGAGAGAUCGGAUACCUGUUUGGUGCUUACAAGGCUGAGAGGAAUCGAUGGGAGGGUAUCCUCACUGGAAAGGGUGGAAACUGGGGUGGAUCUUUGAUUAGACCUGAGGCUACUGGAUUUGGUCUCGUUUAUUACGUCAACCACAUGAUCGCCUUCACAGGCCAAGGAUCUUUCAAAGGCAAGACAGUCGCCAUCUCCGGCUCCGGCAACGUCGCCCAAUACGCAGCCCUGAAAGCCAUCGAGCUCGGCGCCACAGUCGUCUCCCUCUCCGACUCAAAGGGUGCUCUGAUCGCCGAAGAAGGCCACUCCGUAACACCCGAAGACAUCGAGAAGAUCGCUACCCUGAAGCUCAAGCGUCAAGCUCUGACCGAGUUCUCCCACCAAGGCAAAUACAAAUACAUCGACGGCGCACGACCCUGGACGCACGUUAAGGUCGAUAUUGCCCUGCCCUGCGCGACCCAGAAUGAGGUUAGCAAGGAAGAAGCAGAGGCGUUGGUUAAGAGCGGAGCGAGGUUCAUUGCUGAGGGUUCGAACAUGGGCUGCACUCAAGACGCAAUCGAUAUCUUCGAGGCCCACCGUCGCGAGAAGAAGGACGCCGCUAUCUGGUACGCACCAGGCAAAGCCGCCAACGCAGGUGGUGUGGCCGUUUCCGGACUCGAGAUGGCGCAGAACUCUGCGAGGCUCAAGUGGACUUCUGAGGAGGUUGACGAGAAGCUGAAGGGGAUCAUGGAGGCUGCGUUCAAGAACGGUCUUGAGACUGCGAAGAAGUUUGUGCCAACCAAGGAUGGGGAGUUCCCUAGCUUGGUGGCGGGUAGCAAUAUUGCUGGGUUCGUGAAGGUUGCGGCGGCUAUGCAUGAUCAUGGUGAUUGGUGGUAAAUGUUGCGCUGCCCUGGUGGCAUUGCGAGGUGUAUGGAUAGAUAGGGUGGCUUGGGUCGGAUACCUAGUUUAUGGGUUGCUUGCCGGAUGAAUAUUACGAUGAAUUUUCUGCUCUGCUUGGUUUUCCUUUCAUUUCUUAAUGUGCAUGUGGGAUUCGUAUUUGUUCAG